CGGAGAAGGAGGAGGAGGAGGAGAGAGAUAUAGCGGAGAAGGAGGAGUAGGAGGAGAGAGAUCUGGCGUAGAAGGAGGAGGAGGAGAGAGAUAUGGCGGAGGAGGAUGAUGAGGAAGAGAAGGAAGAGGAGGGAGAGGAGGGAAAGGAGGAGGAGGAGGAGGAAGAAGGAAAAGAGGAGGAGGGGGAGGAAGAAGGAGAAGAGGAGGAGGAGAAAACGAAGGUCAUUAUGGCGCGCUGCAUUACGAGGACGAGGAGAGGGAAAGGAGGAGGGCGAGGAAGAAGGAGAAGAGGAGGAGGAGGAGAGAGAUAUGGCGAAGGACGAGGACGAGGAAGAAGGAGAAGCAGAGGAGGAGGAGGAGGAGAGAGAUCUGGCGAAGGACGAGGACGAGGAAGAAGGAGAAGCAGAGGAGGAGGAGGAAGGAGAACAGGUGGAAGAGGAGAAGGAGGAGGAGGAAGAGGAAGGAGAAGCAGAGGAGGAGGAGGAAGAGGAAGGAGAAGCAGAGGAGGAGGACGAGGAGGAGAACGAGCCGGGUCGGAGGAAAGAAGAAGAAGAAGAAGAAGAAGAAGAAGAAGAAGAAGAAGAAGAAGAAGAAAAGAAGAAAAAGGAGAAGAAGAAUGACACGAGGGGGGGAGGAGGAGGAGGAGGAGGAGGAGGAGGGCGCAAGAAAUAUUGGGCAGGAGGGGAAGGAGAAAGAAGAGGAGGAAGGAGAACAGGUGAAAGAGGAGAAGGAGGAGGAGAGAGAUAUGGUGGAGGAGGACGAGGAGGAGGAGAAGAAUAUGGCAGAGGAGGAGGACGAGGAGGAGGAGAAGAAUAUGGCAGAGGAGGAGGACGAGGAGGAGAGAGAUCUGGCGGAGGAGGAGGACGACGAGGAAGAAGGAGAAGCAGAGGAGGAGGAGGAAGGAGAAUAGGUGGAAGAGGAGAAGGAGGAGGAGAGAGAUAUGGCAGAGGAGGAGGAGGAGGAAAAAGAAUGAGAAGCAGAGGAGGAGGAGGAGGGUGCAAGAGAUAUGAAGAGGAGAAGAAGGAGGAGGAGGAGGAAGGAGAACAAGUGAACAAGGAGGAGGAGGAGGAGGAGGAGAGAGAUCUGGCGGAGGAGGAGGAGGAGAGAGAUAUGGCGGAAGAGGAGGAGGAGCAAAAAGAUAUGGCAGAGGAGGAGGAGGACGAGGAGGAGAGACAUAUGCCUGAGAAGGAGGAGGAGGACGACGGAGAAGCAGAGGAGGAAGUAGAACAGGUGGAAGAGGAGAAGGAGGAGGAGGAAAGAGAUAUGGCGGAGAAGGAGGAGGAGGAAGAAGAAGGAGAAGCAAAGGAGGAGGAUGAAGGAGAAUUGGUAGAAGAGGAGAAGGAAGAGGGGGAGAGAGAUAUAGUGGAAAAGGAGGAGGAGGAGGAGGAGGACGACGAGGAACAAGAGGAGGGUCAGGUUUGGGGGAGUAUCGGGAGAGAGUUGACAGGAGGAGGAGGAAGAGGAAGAGGACGAGGUGGAGGAGGGGGAGGAUGAGUAAAAUGAAGACGAGGAAGAAAAGGAGGAGGAGGAAUAUGAGAAGGAACCUGGCCGCAAAAAAAAAGGGCACCACGUCGGACCUCU